UAGUCAAAAAACUUUAGGUUCUGUCAAAUAUGACGUUAUGAGUUUGUGGAUUUUCGUUUAAAGAAAAAAUUAUUACUAAUUAGUUAUAUUGUUGGUAAAUUGAAAAGAUUAAAGUUAUUGUUACCAAAUUACCAUUAUAAUUAUUAAUUUGAGAUGACAAAGUUGUAAUUAAUACAUUUUAUAAAUUUGAAUAUUCUAGAUUACUUUUAUCAUGUCUAAGCAGAGUAAUGAUUGUUAUACAGAUAAUAUUAAGGUGAAGAUUUCUGAAAGAUAUAAACCCCCUCCUCGUAUAAAUGUAGCUGUUACUUAUGCACAGAGACUUACAUUGAAUAAGCAAAUUGAAGACAAUAUGCCAAAUUACGAAUUUUCUUUAGAAAAAACUGUUUUAAACAAGAUGGAAGAAUGGAAAGGGAUCAGGGCAGACUUAGUUCAAAAUAGAAAAGAUAGGUUAGCAAAAGCCAGGGAAGAUAUAAAUAAAAAGAAACAGGAACUAUCAGAAAAAGAGCAAGUAGAAGAAAUAGAGCUUAAGACUGUCAAUGAGGCUGAUAUGGCUACAUCAUGUAGUCAAAUAUUUGGAACAAAUAUAAAUCAAAAUUAUGAAAAUUACACAGUCAAUAAUAUACUUGUCCCUACCCAAAUUUCUAAGCAAACAAAUAUUUUAACACCUAUUCCAUUACAGAAUUAUAAUAGUAACCAAUCAUACAGUAACCAAAAUGAUAAAAGUCCUUUUAACAUCAAAGAUUUUGAAAAUGAUACUUCAAGUCCUUUUGACAAUAUGGAACUUAAAUCCAUUAAUGAUAUGGAGGAGCUUGCCCAGGUUCUUAAUAAAGACAAAAAAAAUCAUGAAGUAAAUACUCAAAUGUAUUCUAAUUAUCCCAGUGAUAGAACUAGUUCUGUUCAACCAACCUAUUCAAAUUACAUGAGCAAUCAGUAUUCAUACAACAUUCCAAACCAGACUUCGAAUUAUAUGCAUCCUGUAACAGACUACUCAAGAACUAAUGGCUACUAUUAUGAAAAUAAUCCAUUCCAGUCCCAGUACAUGUAUUCCAAACCAAGUACUGCAGAAUUUUACACACCAUUAUCAACAGGCUCUGCAGAUGUGAAGAAAACAAAUUGUAAGAGUGUACCAGAUAUAGUAAAAGCAUUAGAAAAUGAAAUUGAAAAUACACAUAUUAGUUCAUCUGUGCCUCAAGAUUCCUUCAUUAAACCAGACAAAGCUGUUCAGUCAGGCAGGCCUAAAAGUAUUGACGCCAUUUAUCCAAGGCCAAAAAUUAAGAAUGAAGCCUUAGAUGAUCCAUUUUUUAGGUUAACAAAACAACAACAAGAUAUGUGUAGGUCUAUAAGUUCAAUGGGAUUUCCACUUGAUAGGGUGGCUAGGAUUUGUCAAAUUAUGGGAGAUGAUCAAAAACAGGUCGUGGAUCACUUGUUAGCGUUAACAGAUUUGUUAGACUUAGGAUUUUCCGAGAAAGAUAUCUCAAAUGCUCUGCUCGAGAGUGACAAUGACAAGGAUAAAGCUUUGGAUAAACUGAUAUCAUAAACUUAUAUUUUUUUAUGGCUGUGCUGUAUCAUAAUUUUUAUGCUGAAAAUGUAUUGUGAUUUAUAUUUAUUUGUAAAUAAUCAUUUGUACCCACUUCAAAA